AUGGAAUUUUGUAAAGUGAUUUAGUUAAGGAGGAAAAAAAAAGCUUAUAAAUAAUAGAAAAGUGUUUUAUUUAUAUAAUAAAUAAUUAGAUAAACACCUCAUAUUAAUUUGAUUAAAAAUAAUAAAAGGAAAACAAAAAGAAAUUUAAAAAAUAAAGCAAGCCACCCUUGUUCAUACAUACCCUCUUAAAUUAUGGAAUACUCAGACUACGAUAGCCAAGUUGCCCUAAAUAAUGCUUCCUAAUUCAAUUAAAAGAUAGAGGAAUAGCAUAAGAAACAAUGUGAAAUAUAGCUUAAUGCUUAGAAAAAAGAAGUAGAAGAUAAAAUAAGCAAAGUGUUAUCUGAACUUGGAAAUAUGUCUAAAAACUCAAAAGAAGCUUUAGGUUUAUUUUAGCAACUUUCCCAAUUAUCUCCUUUGUUAACAGAAAUUGGUGCUUAAGUAAAAUGCGUUGGUGAUGAAUUAUUUUAUAAACUAUAUAUGCAAUACAGAAAUGUUUUUAAAGAGUUCUAAGAAAAUGUCAAUGAAUGCAAUGUUAUUAGUUAGCAAAGUCUUUAAGGACACUCAGACCCUUAAAAAAUGAAGCAAAUCAGGGAGAGUAUUAUAAAGAUAGCUAAUAAGCUUUCAAAUAUUAACAAAAACGUAUAUUAAUAAUCUCAGAGAUAUGUUAUUUGGGUAGAUUUUAAUGAUAGCAAAGAUAAUAAGUAAACUUUAAUUCAUAUCCAAAAAUUAUAUGAAACUUCGUUAGUUGUUAAGUUUUAUACAGAUGUUAAUAAAUUUAAGUAAGAUUACUCUAGCUAUAAGGGAUAGCCCAUCUUCCUUAUUUUAAGUGGAUAAGUUGCAAAUGAUUAUGCUUCUUCUGAUGGUAGAUUAUUCAGUUGGAUUAAAAAUGAGUGGUUGCAGAAAAAAGAAGAUAACAGAAUCAGAGGUAUUAUUAUCUACACAAGCGAUUAAGGUGUAAAGUUCUUGAAAAAUAAGUUUGAAUCAGAUGAAUCUAAAUUAGUUAAAAGAGUCACAGCAAAUACAAAUGAAAUGCUUGAAGUUUUAAGCGGAUUAAUAACUCCAAGUAAAUUCUGUCGUGUUAUAGGAAUAGAAGAGUUUUCAGCCCUCUUUCAAAAUAAUCUGAAAAACAAACUUACGAGAAUGCACAUAACUCCACCAACAAAUCCUCUUUCUUAUUAUAGUCCAUAAAAUUUUGACUAUUCAAAAAUGUUUAAUGAAGCAUACAAUACGAUCAAAAAAUAUAAAAUUAAUUUCUAACCUGAUGCUAUGAAAUUUGAUGAGGUUUUAGAUGAAAUUAAAAAAAUAUAUAGUAAAUAUCCAAACAAUGAACAGAAAAUUGCUUAAUAAAUGAUUUAUCUAUACUCCUUAGAAAAGAUUCCUUUUUAUAAACUUAUAAAUACUACUUUAAAUACUUUAAAUGAAGCCCUUAUACUUGUAAUGAUGCCUCUAAUUGAGCUAUUUUAAACAGCGAUCUUUAAAUUCGAUGAUAGUUCUUUUCCAGAAUCAAUUUAAAAAGGAUAACCUAAAAAAAUGUAUAGAGGCUCUUCAAUUCCUGAUGAAAAUUAUGAUUAAUUAAUUAAACCUAACGAAUUAAUAUGCUUACCUUCUUUCUCUUCAUUUACAGAAGAUAUUGAAAUUGCCAAGAGAUUUUUAAAAUUGAAUAAUUUUAGUGGCACUAAAGAGUGCAUAUUUGUGUAUGAACAUAAAAUGGGUAGUGCUUAGUUUGAUAUUAGACCUAAAUAUGUAAGUCCAGAAUCAUUUUUUAAAUAAGAGAAGGAAUAUAUAACAUAUCCUUGUGUAGCAUACAAAAUAUAAUCUAUCUAAUAAAAAGAAACCUAUCCUGGAUCUAUGGAGAAAGGAGAAUUCUAUAAUGAAAUCACUCUUAUCUUAAAUUGA